CCUCCUCCUCCUCCUCCUCUUCCACCUCUUGCUCCUCCUUCCCCUCCUCCUCCUUCUCCUCCUCCUCCUUCUCCUCCUCCUUCUCCUUCUCCUCCUCCUUCUCCUCCUCCAUCUCCUCCGCCAUCUUCUCCUCCUCCUUCUCCUCCUCCUGCUCCUCCGCGAUCUUCUCCUCCUUCUCCUCCUAUUUCUCCUUCUCCUCCUCCUUCUCCUCCUCCAUCUCCUCCUCCUUCUCCUCCUCAAUCUCCUCCGCCAUCUUCUCCUCUUCCUUCUCCUCCUCCAUCUCCUCCGCCAUCUUCUCCUCCUUCUCCUCCUAUUUCUCCUUCUCCUUCUCCUUCUCCUCCAUCUCCUCCUCCUUCUCCUGCUCCUUCUCUUUCUCCUCCUCCCUCUCCUCCUCCAUCUUCUCCUAAUUCUCCUCCUCCAUCUCUUCCGCCAUCUUCUCCUCCUUCUCCUUCUCCUCCUCCUCCCUCUCCUCUGCCAUCUCCUCCUCCUUCUCCUCCUCCAUCUUCUGAUCCUUCUCCUCCUCCUUCUCCUCCUCCUCCUUCUCCUCUUCCUUCUCCUUCUCCUCCUCCUCGCUCUCCUCCAUCUCCUCCGCCAUCUUCUCCUCCUUCUCCUCCUCCGUCUCUUCCACCAUCUUCUCCUCCUUCUCCUUCUCCAUCUCCUCCUCCUUCUCUUCCUCCUCCGCCAUCUUCUCCUCCUUCUCCUCCUAUUUCUCCUUCUCCUCCUCCUCCUCCUUCUCCUCCAUCUCCUCCUCCUUCUCCUCCUUCUUCUCUUUCUCCUCCUCCCUCUCCUCCUCCAUCUCCUCUGCCAUCUUCUCCUCCUUCUCCUCCUCCAUCUCUUCCGCCAUCUUCUCCUCCUUUUCCUUCUCCUCCUCCAUCUCCUCCUUCUCCUCCUCCAUCUUCUGACCCUUCUCCUCCUCCUUCUCCUUCUCCAUGCUCCUCCUCCUCUUUUCUUCCUCUCCCUACUCCUCCUCCUCCGCCUCCUCCAUCUCCUCCGCCAUCUUCUCCUCCUUCUCCUCCUCCUCCUCCUCCUCCAUCUCCUCUGCCAUCUUCUCCUCCUUCUCCUCCUCCAUCUCUUCCGCCAUCUUCUCCUCCUUUUCCUUCUCCU